CCUUUCUUGCGAUAGGCUAGCUGUCGAAACGGCAUCGGAGAGUCACUUUGUUUAACACAACUGUGAUAAAUUCCCCAUUAAACAACACCAGUGUGUGUCGAUUAGAGUGUUUGGGUGAUGUUGAUCAAACCAAAGUCUCAUUUGGUUCCGUUAACUUCGCCCUAACUGGACAGGUAGUUUGUGUUUUUUAACGUCGGAGGGUGUGUGUGUGUUUUUUUUCUCUCGGUCGCCGUCAGAGCAGCGUUGCCGAUAUCGUUAUCGACGCUAUCAAAAGCUCACAGUUUAACCCCAAACCCACGCAACUAAUUCUGAUAGUUAGCUGAAAGAUAAGGACGGAGGCGUUGAUGAGCAGCAAUGUCUGGCAUCGCUCUUAGCAGACUGUCCCAGGAGCGCAAAGCGUGGAGAAAAGACCACCCAUUCGGUUUUGUCGCCGUUCCCACCAAGAACCCCGAUGGCACCAUGAAUCUGAUGAACUGGGAGUGCGCCAUCCCAGGAAAGAAAGGAACCUUGUGGGAGGGAGGACUCUACAAACUCAGAAUGCUGUUCAAAGAUGAUUACCCUUCCUCACCACCCAAAUGCAAGUUUGAGCCACCGAUAUUCCAUCCGAACGUCUAUCCAUCCGGCACCGUGUGUCUGUCCAUCCUGGAGGAGGAUAAAGACUGGAGGCCCGCCAUCACCAUCAAGCAGAUCCUUUUGGGAAUCCAGGAGCUGCUGAAUGAGCCCAACAUCCAAGAUCCGGCACAAGCAGAAGCUUACACAAUUUACUGUCAGAACAGGAUGGACUAUGAAAAGCGCGUACGGGCACAGGCCAAGAAGUUUGCCCCGACAUAGAGAGGAGAGCGGGCCUUCACCCCCCCCCCCCCCCUCCCCCCCGCCUGGGCAGCCUGAACUGAUGAUAGAGGUGACAAUAAGGAGGCAGUGCACUCGAAGGACCACUCCAAUAAGAAUCAAGUUUAGGUAUUAUUAUUAUUAUAAUUAUACAGUCAGGCAAAAAAGUGAGCCUGUUUUUUUUUUACUUCUCUUUCUUUUUGUUUCCAACAAAGAAACGUUCAUGAUUUAACAUGUCUUCAAUGAACACUUUGAUGAUCAACAUGAUGGUUAACAUGACCAUUGCUUUAAGUAAUCUUGUGUAAUCCAGUAUUUUCAUCAUGGGCCAUGUCUAUAUUACUACUUUAAGUUAUGAUAAUGUAGAAACAGAGCUGUAGGGAUAAGAUGUCAUGUCCAGAAUGCUUUCUCUUUCAAGUUCAGUACGUUUUAGCAGAAGUAGAGAUUUCACUUUUUAAUUCACUUAGUUUUCAUAAGUCCAUGAAAUCCCCAUGAGUAUUAUAAACAGUGUUUCAUGUCUGUGGAGGACAAAGCAGUAAGACAAUAAAUGGAAGUACAUCCUUG